AUGGCGAUGGUGGCGAGCAGGGAGAGGAGGCUCUCCCCGGGCGCCGCCGCCGCGCCGCAGGUGGACGCGGGCAAGUACGUGCGGUACACGCAGGAGCAGGUGGAGGCGCUGGAGCGCGUCUACAGCGAGUGCCCCAAGCCCAGCUCGCUGCGCCGGCAGCAGCUCAUCCGGGACUGCCCCAUCCUCCGCAACAUCGAGCCCAAGCAGAUCAAGGUCUGGUUCCAGAACCGCAGAUGCCGGGAGAAGCAGCGCAAGGAGUCCUCUCGUCUACAAACCGUGAACAGGAAGCUGAGUGCGAUGAAUAAGCUGUUGAUGGAGGAGAAUGACCGGCUGCAGAAGCAGGUGUCCCGUCUCGUCUUUGACAACGGGUAUAUGAAGAAUCGACUCCACAGUCCUUCUGUAGCCACCACCGACACAAGCUGUGAGUCUGUGGUGACAAGUGGUCAGCACAACCAACAGCAAAACCCAGCAGUUCUGCAUCCUCCUCAAAGGGAUGCGAACAACCCAGCAGGUCUACUCGCUAUUGCUGAGGAGACAUUGGCAGAGUUCAUGUCCAAGGCGACUGGAACUGCUGUCAACUGGGUGCAGAUGGUUGGGAUGAAGCCUGGUCCGGAUUCCGUUGGAAUCAUCGCUGUUUCGCACAACUGCAGUGGCGUAGCAGCACGAGCUUGCGGCCUUGUGAGCCUUGAGCCCACAAAGGUUGCUGAGAUCCUUAAGGAUCGUGCAUCGUGGUAUCGCGAUUGUCGGCAUGUUGAUAUCCUCCAUGUUAUCCCCUACGGAUCUCACGAAAGGUCAUUGACUCAGUCCACUGGAGGUCCUUCUGGACCUAACACUCCAAAUUUUAUCAGAGCUGAGGUGCUUCCUAGUGGUUAUCUGAUUCGACCUUGUGAUGGGGGAGGUUCCAUGAUUUACAUUGUGGAUCAUGUUGAUCUGAAUGCUUCUAGUGUGCCCGAGGUUCUUCGACCACUCUAUGAAUGUCCUAAGAUACUGGCACAGAAGAUGACUGCUGCGGCGUUGCGACACAUUAGGCAAAUUGCACAUGAAUCAAGUGGUGAAAUGCCGUAUGGUGUUGGUCGACAACCGGCUGUUCUCAGAACUUUCAGUCAAAGGCUCAGCAGAGGCUUCAAUGAUGCUGUGAGUGGCUUUCCAGACGAUGGCUGGUCUCCUUUGUUGAGCAGUGAUGAAUGUGCCACCUGCUAUACUUGUGCGCGAUUUUUGAGGGAGCAUCGCUCUGAAUGGGCUGAUCCUGGUGUUGAUGCUUAUUCUGCUGCCUCUUUGAGGGCCAACUCUUAUGCUGUUCCUGGUUUAAGGGCUGGUGGGUUUAUGGGCAACCAGGUUAUACUACCCCUUGCACGCACCUUGGAGCAUGAAGAGUGCUUGGAGGUUAUUAGGCUUGAAGGACAUGGCUUUAGCCAUGAGGAUGUUCUUUUGUCUCGGGAUAUGUUUCUUCUGCAGUUGUGCAGUGGCGUUGAUGAGAAUGCACCUGGUGCAUGUGCACAGCUUGUCUUUGCUCCUAUUGAUGAAUCUUUUGCUGACGAUGCACCUUUGCUACCCUCAGGCUUCCGUGUGAUACCGCUUGACGCUAAGACGGAUGUGCCAUCUGCCACACGUACACUCGACCUUGCUUCUGCACUGGAGGUUGGAUCAGGUGGUCUGCGUGCUUUAAGCGAUGGUUCAGGCACGUGCACCACGAGAUCGGUCCUGACCAUCGCCUUCCAGUUCUCGUUCGAGAAUCACCUUCGUGAAAGCGUGGCAGCAAUGUCCAGGCAGUAUGUCAGGGGUGUGAUGGCGUCUGUGCAGAGGGUGGCCAUGGCGAUUGCUCCAUCUCGCCUUGGCUUGCAUAUCCAACUGAAGCAUCCACCGGGCUCUCCUGAGGCACUUGCCCUAGCUACAUGGAUUGGCAGGAGCUAUAGGGCGCACACUGGAACGGAGAUCCGCUGGUCGGACACCGAAGGCGCGGACUCUCCCCUGAUGCCUUUCUGGAAGCACAGCGACGCAAUACUCUGCUGCUCUCUGAAGCCGGCUUUCACGCUCAAGUUUGCCAACAGCGCCGGCUUCGACAUCCUGGAGACUACGGUGGUGAACAUCCAGGACCUGCCACUGGAGGCGGUCCUUGACGACGACGGCCAGAAGGCCCUGUUCGCGCAGCUCCCCAAGAUCAUGCAGCAGGGCCUGGCAUACCUUCCUGGUGGCGUGUGCAGGUCGAGCAUGGGGCGGCAGGCGUCGUACGAGCAGGCGGAGGCGUGGAAGGUGGUGGGCGAUGACGGCGCCCCACAGUGCCUGGCGCUCAUGCUCGUCAACUGGACCUUCAUCUGA